AUGAAAUUUCCCACACACCUUCUUCCUUUCUUCCUCGCUCUUGCCCCUUCAGCUUGGGCUGCUUCCCCUAGCGAUCUUCAAGCACAAAUUGGGCACCAUGUUAUCUUUUCUUACCCUGGCCUUGAGCCACCAGCCCAUCUCCUCGACCUGAUCAAGGAAGGCAAAGUCGGUGGUAUCAUCCUCUUCGGCGAAAAUGUCGGUGCCAACCUCACAACCACAAUCGAUAACUUCCAGGAGACCUAUAAGCAAAGCCCGUACUAUUCAGGCAGUCCAUUAUUCAUCAUGACGGACCAAGAAGGCGGAAAAGUGCGCCGCUUAGCCGGCGGACCAGUGGAAAGUGCUAAGCAAAUCGGCCAAGCCGCCGAUCCGGAAGUAGCAGCGACACAGAUGGGCAAAGAUGCCGCAAGUACCCUCGAGAAAUUCAAGAACAACGUCAAUCUGGCUCCUGUAUUGGAUGUUUAUCGCGAGGCUGGAGACUUUACCGAUGCCUACCAGCGCUCCUUCAGCAACUCAUCCCGCAUCGUUGGAACAUGCGGGUCUGCGUUUAUCAGCGCACAGCAGUCAGCUAAUAUCAUUGCAUCUGCCAAGCAUUUCCCUGGCCUUGGUGCAGCAGGCGCAAGCGAGAAUACGGAUGUGCAGCCCGUCACCAUUAACUUGACUACUGAGGAGCUGCACAAGGUGGAUAUGGCACCGUAUACUCAGGCCAUCGCGGCAGGUGUGGACAUGGUCAUGACUUCCUGGGCUAUUUAUCCUGCUUUGGACCCGACCUAUCCCUCUGGACUGAGCAAGACUAUUAUUCAAAAUGAGUUGCGGGGUAGACUUGGAUUCAAGGGUGUCACUAUCACUGAUGCCAUUGAGGCGGGAGCGCUAGAGGCGUUUGGUGAUCAGGCUGCUCGUGGAUUGUUGGCCGCACAAGCUGGUAUUGAUAUCUUGCUUGCGGCUAAGAGAGAUGUCACGCAGGGAGAGGCUAUAUAUAACGCUCUGCUUGCUGCGUUGCAGGCCGGGUCGUUGGAUGAGACUUCGUUCUCAGCUGCCACCCAGAGAAUUCUGGAGGUUCGGAAGAAGCUUGCUCCUGUUUAG